AACCUUAAGCCGGUCAUAGAAAUAAGUUCCCGAUUCACGAACGAAAGGAGAAUUAAACUUGUUCAAGAUGUCCAAUACAACUAUUUCUUGGAUUUGCAAUGAAUUGUCUCGUCUCUUGGAAUUUUCCGUGACUCAAGAAGAAUACCAGGACAUUGCACAGUAUCUGAUGUCGAUGGAGAGCAGUCGCGAUGUUGAAGACUACUUGCAGUCAAUGCUUGACUUGUCAAAUCCUGAACACCGUCGAUUUGUUGAAGUUCUUUUGAACCGUUUGGGUUAUUCCAUUGAAAAGAAGUCUCCCACAACAACCCAAACUGGGUCGAAAAAAGGCCAACAGGUCGGCAAGGAAGACAUUUCAAACAAGCAGCAAUCAAAGAAAAGAGUGAAACAAAUCAACCUGUUUUCUAAAGAGGGACAAGCGAAAGAAACAAUCACACUACCAGGACAACAUAAGUGUGAAUGUCAGGCAUCAAAGCAUAGUCUUGUCAGAAACUGCUUAGAGUGUGGGAGAGUGAUUUGUGCCCAGGAAGGACCAGGACCAUGCGUGUUUUGUACUGAAAAUAUGUCAGCUUGUGAGAAAGAAGCACUACUUCAAUCCAACAAUGCACCAGCACAGCGUACAAAACAAUCUGGUAGAAGAUUUCUGGAUGGAACUGCUCCACUUCCUGAUAAGGCAUUCACAACAGCCAUGGCUCACAAAGAAAAGCUUUUGGAAUUCGAUAGGACAAGUGAACACCGAACUCGAGUUAUCGAUGACGAAUCCGACUAUUUCAACGCCGAUAGCAACAAGUGGUUGAACCCGAAACAGCGGGACGCCCUUCGAACCAAAGAGAAGGAACUGCGGGACAGUCGUCACGGAUCCAGGAGACAAAUCAAAGUCACGCUUGAUUUUGCAGGGCGACAGGUGAUUGAAGAGCAAAGUACUUAUGAAGAACUAUUCACCGAGCAGCAAUUUGAAGAAGAAAGAAAGGAAUACUAUGACGAGUACGCCGUGAAUCCCGCACUGGCAUUCCCACGUCCCAUCUACGAUUCCGCUUUCGAUGAAAAUGCAUCGCAAGUUACUCGAUCGACUAGUAGCAAAAGUGACGAAAAAGUUCGCGUUCAAGACGCUGAACUUCAGAAAAUGAGCGAUCCUGGAAAAUGUUUGAGCAUGCAUCAACCAUAUGCUUCUCUAUUGGUCGCCGGAAUUAAAAAACACGAAGGUCGGACGUGGUAUUCAUCGCAUCGCGGUAGAUUGUGGAUCGCGUCCACCGUUAAAGAGCCUUUGCCCGAGGAGAUAAAACAACUGGAAAAUUUCUACAAGACGCUUUACGGCAAAACCGAUUUGGCUUUCCCUCAAAAUUAUCCAUCCGGUUGCUUGUUGGGCUGCGUUGAAGUGGUGGACGUUUUGCCACAGGAAGAGUAUAGGAUUCAGCAUCCUAAUGGAGAAAGCGAAUCGCCGUACGUCUUUGUCUGCGAGAAUCCUCACGAAUUAUUUGUUAAAUUUCCUAACAAAGGCCAACACAAAAUUUAUAAACUGGAUCCUGCAGUCCAUCAGACUGCGAAAAAAUCGUUGCGGUUUUGAUGUUCCAGUUAAAACUACCGUGAUAAAUUGCUGUUAUAAAAAUUUAUUUGUGAAAUAGAUUUUGUAAAUGCAAAAUAAUUAGAGUGGUUAUUAUUUUGGGCGUUGUUUUUUAAAUGCAUGUCAAAAUUUUGGCGCCAAAAACAAUUUUUAUAAAAAAAUAUGCAAAUUAAACCACCCCUCAUUUCUCGGGGGGGUUUAGGUAUAAAAAGUAGGCAUGCAUUGUGUAGAAAAAGAAAGAAGGGCCCUCCCACCUGCUCCCACUUUCAGUGUCUAGUCAAGCGUUAACCUUGGAAGUGGAACAACCCAAAAAAUACCCGCUCCUCUAAAACCCUCCUCGGCUAGUCGUUGCUCACAUUUGCUCAUUGAUCGUCCCCUCAGUAUUACGUUCCUUUCGAAAUGGCCACGUCACAGUUUAUCUCCAAAGCGGCAUCUACCUCAAGUUCAUUGACUAAUAACCAGUCCAAAAACAACAACAAUAUUCAAGAAGCAGACAGCACUUACAGAGCAUUGAAUCACUGUUGCUUUUGCGGUAUUUUACUCGAUCCGAAAAAUUUAACUGUGAACGUUAACACACAGAGUAUCACUGUCUGGUGUAAUAAUUGUCGAAAAACGAACGCUUUGGGCAAAAUACGUCACGAUAAAGGGAAGGAGGAAAAAAGAAAAAUGUGAAGUACGCCCCACCAACAGACCGUCCAAUCACAAAUCUAAUUUUCUAAAUUGAAAUCGAGAUCUUUACUACUACAUUGCGACUAUAUAGGCCUACAGUCAAGGCUCCAAUUGUUAUUUCCUCAUUUCUCGUGCUAUUAAAUGUGUGUAUUUUUUUAAAGAAAAAUGUCGAUGUUCGAUUAAUACAAUUCGCCUUCUA